AUGAUGAGCAUAUUAGAGCCCAUUUCAAGCAUAACUGUUGAAAAAGAAAAGGAGGCUAUAGACUCAAAAGAUACUCUGCCGACAAAGCCGAAUUCUUCUUCUCCUUCUUCUUCUUGUUGCUUUGAAUCUAGAAGUUCCCCCACACAUAUUGCAAUAAAUCUUGUACCGCCAUUAAAUUUUUCACUUGUUGAAGAUGGUAUAUAUAGAUCUGGGUUCCCCAUGCCUAUAAACUACCCCUUUCUUCAGCAAUUAAACUUAAAGACAAUAAUCUAUUUGGGCGAUUUGGGCCAUCAUCAAAAUCUUCGAGUAGAUAAGAAAAAAAAGGUUAAAAAGGAUAAGGAUGGUACGAUGGAGAUUUUAAACCAAUACAUUCAAUGGAUUGAAAAUCAAAACACAAUUAAGUUUCAUAACUUGCUAGUCGAAUCUCUGCGGGAACCAUUUAAUAAACUAGAAGAAUAUGAACAAACUCUAGCUAGUCUCACUUUGGCACUACAGUUGAUUUUGAAUAAGUCAAAUUAUCCAAUAUUGAUUCAUUCAAACAAAGGAAAGCAUAGAACAGGACUAUUGGUUGGGCUAAUGAGGAAACUACUACAAGGAUGGUGUUUAAGUGGAAUAUUUGAAGAAUACGAGAGGUUUGCAAUGGGAAAAUUCGAGUAUGAUUUGGAGUUGAUCGAGAUCUGGCAGCCGGAAUUAUUGGUUGACAAUGAUCAAAAGCCAAACUUUGUGAGAAUAUGA